CAUUCAUACUAUACACUACCAACAUGACUUCUCCCAACGUUUCCGAGCCUGAGUUCGAGCAGGCCUACAAGGAGCUGGUCUCCACCCUCGAGAACAGCACCCUAUUCGAGAAGAACCCCGAGUACAAGAAGGCUCUCGAGGUCGCCGCCAUCCCCGAGCGCGUCAUCCAAUUCCGUGUCGUCUGGGAGGAUGACAAGGGCCAAUGCCAGGUCAACCGCGGUUACCGUGUCCAGUUCAACUCCGCCCUCGGUCCUUACAAAGGUGGCCUACGAUUCCACCCUUCCGUCAACCUCUCCAUCCUGAAGUUCUUGGGUUUCGAGCAGAUCUUCAAGAAUGCUCUUACUGGGCUGUCGAUGGGUGGUGGUAAGGGUGGUGCCGACUUUGACCCCAAGGGCAAAUCAGACAACGAGAUCCGAAAGUUCUCCGUCGCCUUCAUGAACGAGCUGCAGAAGCACAUCGGUGCCGACACUGACGUGCCCGCUGGUGACAUCGGUGUCUCGCCUCGCGAGAUCGGAUGGAUGUUCGGUACCUACCGCAUGCGUAAAGGCAAGUGGGAGGGUGUCCUCACCGGAAAGGGCGGUAGCUGGGGUGGUAGCUUGAUCCGCCCGGAGGCUACUGGUUACGGUCUGGUCUACUACGUCGAGCACAUGAUCAAGCACGCCUCAAAGGGCCAGGAAUCCUUCCAGGGCAAGCGUGUGGCCAUCUCCGGUUCCGGAAACGUCGCUCAAUACGCCGCCCUUAAGGCCAUUGAGCUCGGCGCCACCAUCGUCUCCCUCUCCGACAGCAAGGGUGCACUGAUCGCCACCGAUGACAAGGGAAUCACUCCCGAGCUCGUCAGCACCAUUGCUCAGCUCAAGGUCGAGCGCAAGCAGCUUUCGGAGUUGGCCAACGCCUCAGAGUACAAGGACAAGUUUAAGUACGUCGAGGGUGCCCGACCCUGGACCCACGUCGGAAACGUCGACGUUGUCCUGCCUUCCGCAACCCAGAACGAAAUCUCAGGAGAGGAGGCCGAGGCUCUCGUCAAGGCUGGUGCCAAAUUCGUCGCUGAGGGUUCAAACAUGGGUUCCACCCAGGAGGCCAUUGAUGUUUUCGAGAAGACUCGUCGCGAGAAGGGCUCUGAUGCGUUGUGGUACGGACCUGGCAAGGCUGCCAACGCUGGUGGCGUGGCCGUCUCCGGUCUCGAAAUGGCCCAGAACAGCGCACGCCUGAAGUGGACCGCCGAGGAGGUCGACCAGAAGCUCAAGGGUAUCAUGGAGGACUGCUUCAACAACUGCUUGAAGACCGCCCAAGAGUUUGUGCCGCCGAAGGAGGGCGAGCUGCCAUCGCUCGUCGCUGGUGCCAACAUUGCUGGUUUCAGCAAGGUCGCCGCUGCGAUGAAGGACCAGGGUGACUGGUGGAAGUCGGACUAAGCUCCAUCUUUCUUUCAAAAGCUGUGGGCCAGGAGAUGACGAAGGG